CCUCCACAAACACACGUAACAAAAAACUCAUUACAAAGAAGCACACGAAAUCAUUGUUAGUCUCUAAAAAACGAAAAAGGGGCUUAUUCAUCCAAUAGGUUUGCCAAAAGAAAUAUCGAAAUGUUGCCCCAUGUGAGCGCCAACGAGGGUCAACCGUCUGUUACGAGAAAAGUGUACAUCAAUCCCAACUUCCAACUGCAAGGUCAAACUGCGCAUCAGCUGCCCUUCCAUGCGUUCCAGGCGCCCUUUCAAUCACAUUUCCAGGCGCCACCGCAGCCCCAGCCCGCCAUCCAUAUCAAUCCGCACUUUCUACAGCGCCAGAGGGCCAUGUACGAGCAGUUGCAGCGGGAACAGCAGGAACAGCUUUUCGUGCAGCAACAGGUUUCCGCCUCCUGUUACCAACAUGCACAGGCGGGGAUUCAUUCACUAGCCACACCACCUCCGCCUCCAGCCAAGAUCAUCAGCAAGGCGAGCACUUGUCUGGUAAGAAAGGCUCAUGUAAGGACAAGUGCUCCUCCGCCUGCGCCCACAGUUUCCACCGUCAUACAACCACCUUUGGUAAGCAUUUCCAAACGGAAGAUUGUACGCCAAGGAGCUGUAAAGGCCACUUCUGUGGUUACUGGCUCGAUUCCAACUGCACCUCCUGCCAAACGCACCAGGUAUAAACUAGUGCGCUCCAUAUCGCUUACGUGUACGCCUCUGGUCAAGAAACGCCGUCCCCUGCGGGAGUUUGUGGGCCAGUACGCUCUGAGACGAACCAAUGAAACGGAACCUAGCAGGAAAUUGAGCUCGAAGCCACAGGUGCUAAAGCAGGGCGUCAACAAAUCCCUCAGCAUGGUCAGCAUACACGGCGUGAUGUACAAGAAGAUAUCAAAGAACAAGAUUACCAAAUUAGACUCCAGCUCAGCUACCAGGCUUAUCAAGCCUUCUCGAUCUGGUAGAACGCUUUUCGUUAGCGGCAACAAGUUCGUCCUUGAUCCCUCGGGCUGCCGACUAACUAGAGUUCCGCCUUCAUCGACAGUUGUGCCUCAGCUGAGUGUGAAUCGUAGCAUUCUGCGGCGAAUCGAUAUCGGAGGCCUCACCUAUGUGGCUUCGCCGAAGACACAGAACGUCUUUAUACGCACCACUAACCACGUGUCGCGAGCCCAUCUGAUCACAGCCAGGCAGAGGAGUCUGACAUUGCUAAACAAGUCGCUGGUGAAGACCAAUGUGCCUUGUGCCAUCUUCCAGAAACUGGGCAAAUGUGCUGCCCACAAUCGCGGCAAGUGUCGCAAGCUGCACGACAAGCGGCAGGUCGCCAUCUGUGCCAGCUUUUUGCGCGGCGAGUGCACCAAGUCCGACUGUCUGCUUUCACAUAAUGUCACCUUGGAGAAGAUGCCUGUUUGUCGAUACUAUUUACGCGGUGUUUGCGUUCGAGAGGAUUGUCCAUACCUGCACAAGAAACUUAGUAGGAAAACUGAGAUCUGCAUUGACUUCGUUCGCGGCUAUUGUCCGCGGGCUGCCGAGUGCAACAAGCGCCACGAGUUCGCCUGUCCGGAGUUGGAGCGCAAGGGCAAGUGUGAAUUGUCCAAGUGUGUGUUCUGCAAAAAGCCUUUAUCUAAGAGGUCUGUUAUAAGUCGCCCUAAGGCUGACAAUAAACCUGUCAGAAUACCGGAGACCCCAAAAGAGUCCGUCAAGGAGGAGGAUUUACCCACAAGCUCACGGUACUUCAGAUGCGAUCAAGAGCCAGUGGCAACCAAAGUGCCCAAUGAUGAAAAACAGAAGGAAGACAUAAUGAUGGAGGAGAAAGAACCGGCGGAAACGGAAACCACUGGCCUUCGACGACGACCAAAACUGGGGUCCCUGCCCGCCUUUAUUCCUUUAGGAGGCGAAGACGAUUUGUAGAGCAAUGAGAGACGACUUGGACCCAACGUUUCAGGUACAAAUUAAUUUGGUUAAGUAUAUUUGAGCCUAUUCUAAGAUUUAAUUUUAAGAGUUUACGUUCUAUAUUUAAUAAAAAAAUAAUAAAUAAAUAAAAACAA